GCUAUAUACAACAUUUAACUUCUGACAACACUAAUAACAAAUGUCAAAAUGGCACGUCAGCAAACAGAAGGAGAUGAAUUAUUCGAUGUAAAAAAUAAUUAUUACAUUGGAAAUUAUCAGCAAUGUAUAAACGAAGCACAAAAAUCCAAGGUAACCUCUCUGGAACUGGUAUUGGAACGAGACGUUUUCAUGUACCGGGCAUACAUUGCUCAAGGGAAAUACCGUGUCUUAUUCGAUGAAAUCAAACCAAAUUCAAAUAAAAAAUUACAACAUUUACGAAUGCUAGCUGAUUAUAAGGCAAACCCAGCAAAACGUCCACAAAUAAUUGCUAGUUUAGAAAAAGCAGCACCUACCGAUAGUGAAGCUGCAGAUGAUAAUGACUUGUAUCGAUUAAUUUGUGCAACAAUAUAUUAUGAAGAAGGCAAUUUAGACAGUGCUCUAGAAUAUUGUUUUUACACUGAUAAUCUUGAAUGUAAAGCUUUAAGUGUGCAAAUUUAUUAUCAAUUGCAUCGACCUGAUUUGGCACGGAUUGAAAUGAAAAAAAUGGUUGAGAAAGACGACGAUGCUACAAUCACCCAAUUGGUUCAAGCUUGGGUUUAUAUUUUUACCGGUGGAGAAAAAAUUCAAGAUGCUUAUUACAUAUACCAAGAAUUAGUUGAUAAAUAUGGUGAAACGUCGGCGUUGUUAAAUGGCCAAGCGGUUGCAUUUAUAAGUCAAGGCAAAUACAAAGAAGCUGAAGAAGCUUUACAAGACGCACUAGGAAAAGAUCCUAACGACCCUGAUACACUUAUUAAUAUGAUUGUUCUAUCACACCAUCAAGGAAAAUCGGAUGUUGCAAAUCGUUAUCUUUCACAAUUAAAAGAUUUAUCACCAAAUCAUCGAUAUGUGAAAAAUUAUGAACAGAAAAAAUUAGAUUUUCAACGAUUUUGUAAAUCAUAUGCGCCAUCAGUGACAGCCUCUGCAUGAAAAUUUGUAACAUAAAAUAAAAAAAUAG